AUGAAGUCCGCUGUUUCCCUCCUCGCCCUCGCCGGCGCGGCCUCUGCUGCCGACCUGCCCUCCAUCAUCGCCAAGGGCUCCAAGUUCUUCUACCCCAACGGCACCCAGUUCUUCAUGAAGGGUAUUGCCUACCAGCGCGACAUUGGCGCUGCUGGCGCCAAGUCUGACCCUACUGCAAAGUACAUGGACCCCCUCGCCGACAAGGACGCCUGCAAGCGCGAUGUCCCCUACCUCCAGGAUCUCAACAUCAACAUCAUCCGAACCUACGCCAUUGACCCCAAGGAGGACCAUACCUACUGCAUGGGUCUCCUCCAAGAUGCCGGCAUCUAUGUCGUCUCCGAUCUCUCCGAGCCCGCCACCUCCAUCAACCGCGACGACCCCCAGUGGAACACUGAGCUGUAUGAGCGCUACAAGGCUGUCGUUGACGAGAUGAGCAAGUACUCCAACGUUGUUGGUUUCUUCGCCGGCAACGAAGUCAGCAACUCUGCCAACAACACCGGCGCUUCCGCCUACGUCAAGGCCGCCGUUCGCGACACCAAGAAGUACAUCAAGGACAACAACAAGCGCUGGAUCGGUGUCGGUUAUGCUGCCAACGACGACAAGGACAUUCGCGCCGAAAUUGCCGACUACUUCAACUGCGGCAAGUCUGAGGAAUCCAUUGACUUCUGGGGCUACAACAUCUACUCCUGGUGCGGCAAGAGCUCCAUGCAGGAGUCUGGCUACGACCAGCAGGUCAAAUUCUUCCAAGACUUCAGCGUUCCCGUCUUCAUGGCCGAAUACGGUUGCAACCUGCCCAACGGCGCCAAGGGCCGCAAGUGGGACGAAACCACUGCUCUCUACAGCGACGACAUGACCGGCGUCUUCAGCGGUGGCCUCGUCUACAUGUACUUCCAGGAGGAGAACGAUUAUGGUGUUGUCAAGAUCAGCGAUGGUUCUGCUGAGAAGCAGGAUGACUACGAUGCCCUGAAGAAGGCUCACGCUGCUGCCGACCCCAAGGGUAUUGACAUGGACAAGUACAGCCCCGCAGGCAAGGCUGCCACUUGCCCUGACGUCUCCAAGGCUUGGAUGGCGGCUGCUCAGCUCCCUCCUACUCCCGACAAGGACCUCUGCAAGUGCAUGGCUGACUCUCUCGACUGCGUCGUCUCCGACAACCUCGACGAGAAGAGCUACGGCGACCUCUUUGGCAACGUCUGCGGCGCCAACCCCAAGAUCUGCGCCGGCAUCAACGGCGUCACCAAGCUCGGCAACUACGGUGCUUACAGCAUGUGCUCUCCCAAGGAGAAGCUGUCUUUUGUGCUCAACGCCUACUACGAGGCCAACGGCAAGUCUACUGACGCUUGCGGCUGGAAGGGCGCCAAGCUCCAGAAGGGCAGCACCGCCUCCAACUGCCAGAAGAGCCUCAGCGACGCCAAGGAGCAGAACAAGGCCGUCGCUACUGCUACCAGCAACGUUGCCGCCCCCAAGUCGACCGGUGGUAGCAGCAGCGGCAGCGGCAGCGGCAGCAAGGAGAACUUUGGUGUUCGCACUGCUCCCUCUGGCAUCCUCGCCGCCGGUGUCGUCGCCAUGGCUGCCCUCCUUACUCUGUAA